UGCGUCUGACGUAAGACGCAGGCGUUGUUUUGAAGGAGGAAGUGAAAGGGGAAGAGAGAAACUGGGAUAGCAGGUAGUUAGAUCGCUGGGAGGCAAGCCUUCAAACAAAGUGCCAAAUUUACACACUAGUUGUAGAUAAUCCGCCUUGCCAGUUUACGACACGGGUUUUGUUUGUGAUCACGCAAAGGUCAACUCAUUUUUAUAAGACUUUGAAACGAAGCAUUGCCAAGAUAGCGCUAGCUAACCAGUUGAGUGCCAGCGAGCUAGCUAACUAGCCAACGUAACGCCUAGUUAGCCUCAGACGCUAGCUGCACUGAACAAUAACAGCUACUCAGCUCGCAGCCUGGUCCGGUACCGUCAACAAGUCUCCGCUCCGCUGUGGUAUAAGCUGAAACUGUGGAAAAAUGACAUCCAGGAAGAAAGUGCUCUUGAAAGUCAUCAUCCUGGGAGAUUCUGGUGUUGGAAAGACCUCCCUAAUGAACCAGUAUGUGAACAAGAAGUUUAGUAACCAGUACAAAGCUACAAUAGGAGCAGACUUCCUGACCAAGGAGGUGAUGGUGGACGACCGGCUCGUUACAAUGCAGAUCUGGGACACGGCUGGCCAGGAGAGAUUCCAGUCCUUGGGUGUUGCGUUCUACCGUGGAGCGGACUGCUGUGUGCUGGUGUUUGAUGUGACCGCACCCAAUACCUUCAAGACACUCGACAGCUGGAGGGAUGAGUUUCUGAUCCAGGCCAGCCCCCGUGAUCCUGAGAACUUCCCCUUUGUGGUGCUAGGCAACAAGAUUGACUUGGAGAAUAGACAGGUAACCACCAAAAGGGCUCAGGCUUGGUGUCAGAGUAAGAACAACAUCCCCUACUUUGAGACCAGUGCCAAAGAAGCCAUAAAUGUAGAACAGGCAUUCCAGACAAUUGCACGUAACGCCCUCAAACAGGAGACAGAGGUGGAGUUGUAUAAUGAAUUCCCAGAGCCCAUAAAACUGGAUAGGAAUGACAGAGCUAAACCUUCAGCAGAAAGCUGCAGCUGCUAAAGGACAACUUGGACCAUCUUCUCUCUUGGCUUUCUGAACCACCCUGUCACCGGUUAUAUCACCUGCACCUCGCUCUGAGGGAAAGGACUUCCCUACUGGUCUUCCUUCUUCACACCAUCGUUCAUUCCAUCGACACAACCCCUCACGAAGUACGCUGCACAUGGAUGUACCCCCCCCACACACACAAACACACACUUAGUGCACAAAUUAAUACACUAGCGUACUCUCAUAAAAUACCUUAACAAAUCCAGUGCCCAAAGAUUCACAUGAGAGAAGAAUGACAAUCCUUCUGACCUCACAGUCCCUGACUUGAUAGUGAGUGAUCUCCUUUCCUGCCCACCCAUUUGUCUCACUGUGGCCCCUGACUCUCAUGCUGAGGGGUCAAGUUGGAGCCAUGUUCAGAGUGCAAUUGGGAACUCUAGAUGGUCUGGCUGAUGCUCUAAAAUGUGAGACAAUGUUGGCUAAUGUCAUCAUCCCAAGUAUCUUAUUCUUACUUUCUGGUUGCUUUCUAUUGCCUAUCUGUCAAGAAAUAAUCAAGUUGAUCUGUCUCUCUCUCUGUCUCUCUCUCUCAUAUA